AUGAUGGGAAAUUUAGAACGUUAUGGUUAUCGAGCUACCAAAACGAUUGAGCAUUGUGAUAGUCAUACCAAUAGAACUACUGGAAUUUCUGAAUCUCGACUAAAAGUAAUAAAGCACACUAUUCUUCGUGGUGAGGUAUCGUCACGAGUUGAUCAAGUUGUUAAAACACUCGGUUCCAAUAUUCGACAAACUGAAAUAAAUUAUUCCAAUCAUUACUUAUUUAAUUUAACACGAAACAGAAGUGUACGAGCUAAGAAACUAUUAGCUGAAGAAACAUGGAAUAAACGUGCGCCACCACCAACUACUACCAGUAUUUAUUCUGAAAAGCCGAAGUUAUCACUUGUAGCUCAAGUAAAAACGGCUCUUAACAAUAAAACUAAUACCGAUGAAUAA